AUGCCGGCCUCCAACCCUCUCGUGUUCUUCGAGGUGACCCUGAACGACGCACCGGCCGGACGCAUCGAGAUGGAGCUGUACGCGAAAGAGGUCCCCAAGACGGCGGAGAACUUCCGCGCGCUGUGCACCGGCGAGAAGGGGGUCAGCAAGAGCGGGAGGCCGCUCCACUACAAGGGGUCCACAUUCCACCGCGUGAUCCCUGGGCACAUCUGCCAGGGCGGCGACUUCACCCGCGGCAAUGGAACCGGCGGCGAGUCCAUCUACGGCGACAAGUUCCCCGACGAGAAUUUCAGUCAAAAGCACGAGAAGUACGCGGUGUCCAUGGUCAACGCCGGGCCCAACACCAACGCAUCCCAGUUCUUCAUCUGCUGCGAGGAAGCCCCGUGGCUCGACGGUAAGCACGUCGUCUUCGGGAGGGUCGUCCGUGGCAUGGACGUCGUCAAGAUCAUCGAGGAUGUGGGGUGCAGCAGCGGCGCCACCUCCAAGGUGGUCAAGAUCGCCGACUGCGGCCAGGUCUCCUAG